ACCAAGGGGAGAGAGUGAGAGAGAUCAGGAUAGAAGGCAGACCAUGGUUGCUAUAAAUAUGCUUAGAAGCUCCCAAUUUCUUCACCAAAUCAAAGAAUUAGUUCACUUAUUUGGAGAGGGUGAGAAAGAGAGAGAGUGAAACAGGGAGGCAGAGAAAAUGGUUUCCCAAGUGAUCGAUUCGGUGAGAGAAAAAGCUGAAAUUUAUGUAGGAGAAACAGAGUGCCAAAAGAGAGCUAUCCAGCUGCUUGACGAGUUCAAUAUCCCCAGAGGACUCUUCCCUCUCGACAACAUAGUCGAGAUCGGGUUAGUCCAAUCUGAGGGCUUCAUAUGGCUUCGGCAGAAGAAGAAGAAGGACCAUUACUUUGAGCAAAUCGGGCGGAGUGUUUCAUUUGCUGCAGAAGUCACGGCAUUCAUUGAGCCUCGACGGAUGAAGAAGGUGACUGGUGUGAAGGCAAAGGAGCUCCUUCUCUGGAUUGGGGUCUCUGAGAUGUUGGUGGACAACUCAAAAUCCGGGAAUAUCCAGUUUAAAACACAUACUGGCAUUUCCCGAUCAUUUCCUGUUUCAGCUUUUGUAAACUGAAAAGAUGAUGGGCAUUGGACAACUCAAAUUCGGGAAUACCCAGUUUAAAGCACAUACUAGGAUUUCCCGAUCAUUUUCUGUUUCAGCUUUUGUAAACUGAAAAGACGAGAAAAAAAAUGAAAUUUAAGUAGUCAAGAAAAACAUGAUGCCCUUUUGCAUUCA